AAUAUAUAAAUCAGUUCACACACAACUGGCCAAAUAACUCUCAAUGUGGAACCCUCUCACAUUGAUCAGAUCAGAACACUUUAGCUUCAGAGAAAGAAAAGAAAACAGCUAUCAAACAUUUCGUCUUUGUUUCUCUAUUUAUACCCUAAUUCCACAUAUAUCCACAAGCAAGUAAAAAGAAAGAGAAAAAGAAACAUUAAGCCACCACAAAGUUUUUUUUUUUUUAAAUGGUGACACUAACAUCAUCUUCUUCAACUCCAAAGACAUCUUUUGAUUUCAUGAAGAAUAACAACAGUCACAGUGUCUAUGUUCCUUUCUCUUCUCCUCCUCCACCUUCUUCUUCUUCUUCUUCUUCCUCUUACUUGAACAUCAAGGAAGAUGCUGUUGUCACAACCAAGAAGGUCAUGGAACCCAGCGAAACCCUAAGCGUGAGCAUCAAACCAAAAGAAGAGGAGCUUGGUGAUGAGAAGAAAAUUGCGAAGAAAGUUUCUGAAGAACCAGAGAUUGGUGUAUUUGGAGCUGAGAAGUACUUCAAUGGAGACAUGGAUUCAGACCAAGGCUCUAGUGUUCUGUCUCUGUCUCUGACAAACCCCGAAGUUGAGAGAACCAUUAUCGAUUCGAAGCAGAGCGCGAAGAAAUCUACAGGAACUCCUAGUGUCCGGUCUGAAUCAAGCUGGAAUAGUCAGAGCGUGUUGCUUCAGAACAAAUUGGUGAAUAGCUGCAACAGUUCCUUGCAGGAGAAGAAGAACAACAACAAUAGUGGUCAGAUUCAAAAGGUGAGCAAUAAUAAGAAAAGUUUUCUCGCAAAUCUGGGGUGUAAAUGCGCAUGUUCUGAUGAGAACUCAGUAGAUGUCGACGAGAAAAUCUCGGUGAAGAGAAGCUCUGAUCCGAACAUCUCUGUUUUCACAAAGAGAAAGAUCGAAAAUCAGAUGAGUUCUUCUGAGAAUAUGAAGUCAGACCUGAUCAGGAUCCAGAAGCAAGAAGAGUUAUCGCAGAGGAAGUCACUUGAAGUGUUUGGAUCUCCUAUAAAUAUUGAGAAGAAGAGGAUUGUUGUUCAACAGAAACUCGCAUUGCGUCCAUGGGAAUCAAGAACAGAGGAGGAAGACCAAAAGAGCGAAGGGAGUGAUACAAGCGCGGAUCUUUUCGAGAUAGAGAGUCUUACAGGGAAACCUAAACCUUUUCUUACAAGGCAAGGAAGUGAUCCAGCUUCACCUACGUGUUAUGCUCCAAGUGAAGUAAGCGUAGAGUGGAGCAUAGUGACAGCAAGUGCAGCAGAUUUCUCUGUUAUGUCGGAAUGUGCAACAAGUCCUGUAAGAAGAAGCAGCCGAUCUUCUCAGAUUCCUCGAAUCCCUAUCACCGCUAAAUCAUCAGCACCGCAGAGACGGAAUUCGAGUAGCAGCGGCGGCGGAGGCGGUGGUUUCUUGUUGAGCUGCAAGAGUCAUAAAUCUGUUAGGGUUUCUGGUGAUUUAGAAAGAAGAAGCAGCAGCAUGAACAAGACACAACCGAGUUAUGUUCCAAGAUUCCCAAUGGAGACUACUACUAAACCUAAGAGUUUCGAAACACGAAGAAGGAUCAGCAACAGCUCCGUUUCUCACACACAGUCAUCUCUUCUGUAUAGUCAGUGACUGCAUAAAAGUAAAAAGAAUUUAAUGUCUUUAUCUCUCUUUAUCUGUAAUUUCUACUGAGUGAGAAAGAUUUGUAACUUAUCUAAUGUCUUGUUGAGUUAUUGAUGACAAUGUCAUCUUGCACCUUAGUAAAACUUACUCAAAGAGUGACAAAUGAUUACAGAGUGAAGAUAACAUUUUGCCAAGUCAAAAAAAAACACAG